CGCCGGCCCGAUGGAGGGACUCCAUCUCCCACGGUGCCUCGUGGGCGGUCUGAUUGGGGAGACUCAAUUUCCCAGAGUGCCUUACGGGCAGCUGCAACGACCGCCCAGCUAGGACUGGACGCUGCGGCCUUCUCGGUGCUGGGGCCGCAAGCCUGGCCGGGCGGCGGCGGGAUGGACAGCCCGGAGGUGACCUUCACGCUGGCUUACCUGGUUUUCUCCGUGUGCUUCGUGUUUACGCCCAACGAGUUCCACUCAGCCGGGCUCACCGUCCAGAACCUACUGUCUGGAUGGCUGGGCAGCGAGGACGCCGCUUUCGUGCCCUAUCACCUGCGUCGCACUGCGGCCACACUGCUGUGCCACUCGCUGCUGCCUCUCGGCUACUAUGUGGGCAUGUGUUUUGCGGCCUCAGAAAAGCGGCUGUAUUCCCCCGGCCAGGCUCCAGAAGCCUGGCGGUUCUUUCUGCUGCUGGCCCUAACCCUCCCCUCCAUCGCCUGCACACUGAUCUACUACUGGUCCUGGGACCGAUGGGCCCGCCAUCCUCUGGCUCGCACCCUGGCGCUCUAUGCCCUUCCACAGUCUGGCUGGAGGGCCGUGGCCUCCUCUGUCAACACCGAGUUCAGGAGGAUUGACAAGUUUGCCACGGGCGCUCCGGGUGCCCGUGUGAUUGUGACAGACACAUGGGUCAUGAAAGUGACCACAUACCGUGUGCACGUGGCCCAGCAGCAGGAUGUGCACCUAACUGUGACUGAGUCACGACAGCACGAGCUCUCACCAGACUCAAGCCUGCCUGUGCAGCUCCUCACCAUCCGCGUGGCGAGUGCCAGCCCUGCUGUGCAGCCUUUCGACAUCCGGCUGAACUCCACAGAGUAUGGCGAGCUGUGUGAGAAGCUCCGGGCACCCAUCCGCAGCGCAGCCAACGUGGUCAUCCACCAGAGCCUGAGUGACAUGUUCUUGGAGACUUUUGCCUCCCUGGUAGAGGUCAACCCAGCCUACUCAGUGCCCAGUAGCCAGGAGCUGGAGGCAUGCAUUGGCUGUAUGCAGACACGUGCCAGCGUGAAGCUGGUGAAGACCUGUCAGGAGGCAGCCGUGGGCGAAUGCCAACAAUGCUACUGCCGCCCCAUGUGGUGUCUCACUUGCAUGGGCAAGUGGUUUGCCAGCCGCCAAGACCCCCAGCGACCUGACACCUGGCUGGCCAGCCGUGUGCCCUGCCCCACCUGCCGUGCCCGCUUCUGCAUCCUGGACGUUUGCACGGUGCGCUGAGCCUGCAGGGUGGGGCCUUGGGGGUCCCAGCCUGGCUCUGCUCCCCACUCCCUGCCCCUGCCUCCUGCAGAGGUGCCUAAGCCUCCUGGGCCUUAGCAAAGGGCUCUAUUCAAAGCACAUGAUCUGCAGUGACUUGCUUUUACCCUGAGUCUGGAGAAGGUGAGGACUUUGGCUUAAAAGGAAUUCUCAUGAAACGCACCAUUCCUUAUUCCCCAUAGCAGCAGUGGGAUGGGGUCUUUAGCACCUCUUCCCUCCUUCCCUCUGCCUUCCUCUAGGUAGGGGCAAGUACUUGACACAGAAAACAAGGCAUUGGGCCUAUAUCCAGAGCAUUCCAGGCCUUAUUUAUUCCCUGGGAGACUGAAUCAUAACAGCAAGAGCUCUUUCCAGACUCAAGCCUGCCCGUGCAGGCUGGGCCACUUGCCUUAAUUUAAGGAAGCACACUUGUCCCUCAGCUACAUGCCAGACCCAGACUCAUCCAAGACUGGUCAUGGUACAUUCUUUUGCCCUGUCCUAGAGCUGACCACUGGCCUUAUGGGGUUGGGCCCUACUCAUAGGCCAUGGGCUGCUUGGAGAACCCUGGGCAGAGUCUGGUAAAGGAGAGGAGAAUGGGGGGUGCUAUUCCAGUGUGAGAGUGGUGGCUGCGAUUAGUCAAGGGGCUGCUUCUGGGUAGGAUGGCAGUAGCAGCACCGUGAGGACAAGCUAGAGUGUCCUCCACUCCUUUAUCGGGGCCACCUCACCCCCUGGAGGGGCACUUGAUCUGUCCUUGUUACCUUCUCUCACAAGUCCAGAGAAGACUGAAGCCUCAGACGCCUGACUCAAGGUUGGGGUUGGGGCUUGAACUGAGGACCAGAUGCCACAGUGGCAUUCCAGAAAAAAGGCCCAAAGGGGAAGCAGCACAGGCUGGCCACUGCCCCCAGGUCUGCCUGGUUUAAGCUCUGGGCCUUGAUGGGCAUUUUGCCCAAUUCUUGUGUGCAGGUGGGAAGGGAAGACAGUGGCUGGGCCCCAAGGUGCACUUGAUACAGGCAUGGCUGCCAGAGGGAGCCACCCUCACACUAGUGGCCCUAAAGCCCCUAAUCCUGGCUGUUUCAGGCAGGGGUGAUAGACUUUACCUGCCUGACUCACCCAAAGCUGCACCUAACCCCAGAGUAUUAGGAGCAAAGAAGGCUGGUUUGUCAGGCUCCCUGGGGUGCUCAGAGCCAACGGCAGAUGAAGUUGGGGAUCAGGAGCCAACCCAGCCUGGGUCCGGAGUGUUAAGGGCUGCGUGCUUUGGUGUUAUUUUUACUACAAAAGAAAGUUACUUAGUUUUAUAAAGACAAAUCCAUUGUAGCUAUAUAAUACUGGUAUUUAAUAAAAUGUUAGUCUGAAGUGA